AAAUCUACAGCUGCAAGUUUAAAGAGACCCGCGCUUUCUGUAGACGCCACCGGAAAAAUUUGCCGGGGGAGGUCGCGCCGUAGAGGUACAAAAAGGGGGCUUACUUUAUCCGGCAAAGAUGCUAGCGUGCAUCGACCGAGUCCCUCAGAUGGACAACCACGAAGCAGAGGCGGAUCCCUCGCCGCCCCCGCCCAACGAGGUUGGCGGCGGGGGCGACGUCGGUCUGACGUUGGAGCUAGACGACGGCGAAGACGACGAGGCUCUGGAGAACCUUCGGCGGAUGAAAUUGGAGGGGAAGAUCGAUUUCUCAGCUGUCGCCUGCUGUGGCCAGGCAUCGAGCGACUUUGGGGGGAUGAGGCGGAACCGGCCGCUGGCGGUCGUGGCACCGGCAACAGUUGAGGACGUUGUCCGGGUGGUGAGGUGUGCGGAGAGUUGCCGGAGCCUGACGGUGGCGGCGAGGGGGAACGGACACUCGAUUAACGGUCAGGCGCAGGCGGAGGGGGGCGUGGUGGUAGAGAUGUCGUCGUUGAGAAGGCCGGCGGCGGGGCCAGUAGUAAGUGGAGGAACGGUGGAAGUCGGGGGAGGGGAGUUGUGGGAGGAGGUGCUGAUGAAUUGCCUGGAGAGGGGGGUGGCACCGAGGUCGUGGACGGAUUACUUGGGGCUGACGGUCGGGGGAACGCUGAGCGUGGGAGGGGUUAGCGGGCAGAGCUUCAAGUAUGGGCCGCAGAUAUGCAACGUUGCAGAGGUUGAGGUGGUGACAGGGAAGGGGGAAAUCAAGGUGUGCUCCAUGGAGGAGAGCAAGGAUCUUUUCUAUGGGGUGCUUGGAGGGAUGGGCCAGUUUGGUAUCAUCACCAGAGCUCGUGUCCUCGUCCAGACUGCUCCAAGAAUGGUGCGAUGGGUGAGAUUGGUGUACGCUGAUUUUGAUGAGUUUUCCAGCGACCAAGAAUCUCUGAUCGAUUCCUCAGUCUGUGAUUCGUUGGAUUACCUGGAGGGCUUCGUUUUCACCAACAGCGACGACCCUCUCAAUGGCUGCCCAACCGUCCCGCUGGCUCCCCACCAGACCUUCGACCAGAAAUGCCUGCCUGAAGAAGCCGGCCCCGUUCUAUAUUGCCUUGAGCUCGCCUUUCACUUCAGAGAAAGCGAUGACGCCGCAUCCAUGGAGAAGAGGGUAGGGGCCACGGUGGAGGGGCUGAGGUACCGGCGAGCUCUGAGGUUCGAGUGGGACGUGGGGUACGUGGAAUUCCUGCAGAGGGUGAAGCGGAAGGAGGAGGCAGCCAGAGCCAGCGGUUCGUGGGACUCACCUCACCCAUGGAUGAACAUAUUAGUGGGGAAGCGCAACAUCCGGGAGUUUGACCGAAAGGUGUUCCGCGACAUCCUCCGUCAAGGAAUCGACGGCCCCUUGCUGGUUUACCCAUUAAACAAGAACAAAUGGGAUGUGCGAAUGUCGGCAGCCUUGCCGGAAGAUGAAAUCUUUUAUUUGGUGGCUCUGUUGCGGUUCAUCCGUCCAGGGGGGCCGUCGGUAGACUCCAUGUUAGCUCAGAACCAGGAGAUCCUCCAUUGGUGCAUCUCAGAAAACUACGACUUCAAACUCUACAUUCCUCAUUAUACGGCGGAGGAGCAGUGGAUGUCGCACUUCGGAAAAUACUGGGCCACGUUCAAGAAUAAGAAAGCCAUGUUUGAUCCAAAGGCUAUUCUUGCUCCAGGGCAGUUCAUUUUCAGCAGGAAACGUUUUCCCACUCUGCUGGCCAACACUAAGAUCCGUGAAUGAUCAUGAAAAGGAAGAUGGUGAGAUUUUCCAGCAAAGUGAUGAUUGGUCGAUCUAAGAAGGGCGUUUCACUGCGCAGGAAAGAGAAAGAAUGAUUGUUAUUGCUUUUUCUUUUUUCACUUUCUUUAAUUUAAAUGGUUGCGUCACCAUUCCCAAUAGGUGUAUAAAGGAUGCCAAGUUCAAGAAAUUUUUACCUUCUUCUUUGCAUGCA